AUGGUGGCCCCCGACGACGAGGCCGCCCUCAAGCAGGCGAGGGAGGACUACGCCUGUGAGCAGGUGCUCCGCCAGCGCCGGGCAUACGCGGAGCUCCAGGCCCGGCGCCGCGAACGCGAGGAGGGUGGCAUCAUCGUCCUCAACAGCGACGAUGAGGGCGAGGCCGGGCUCUCCAAACCCCCACCCCGCCAAGGCGACCCUGGCCAGGGCCACAUGCACGUAACUGUAGAGUGCGAGCAUAAUCGAGUUGCCUCACAGAAACAGAGUUGCCAGGAGAAGUGCAGAGUAGUGAUCACCGGGGACGAUAGGGCGUCGGCGGCAAGCGAUGGGACGACGAGGAGGAAGACGGCGUGCGUCACCGGCGGCAGCGGGUACAUCGCCUCGGCGCUCGUCAAGAUGCUGCUGGAGAAGGGGUACGCCGUCAAGACCACCGUCAGAAACCCCGAUGACGCGGAGAAGAACGCGCAUCUCAAGGCCUUGGCGGCGCUCGGCCCAUUGGAGGUCUUACGCGCCGAUCUGAACGAGGAGGGCAGCUUCGACGGCGCCGUCGCCGGUUGUGACUAUGCCUUCCUCGUGGCCGCUCCUAUGAACCUCGAAGCAGAGAACCCUGAGAAAGACGUGAUCGAGCCGGCCGUGCACGGAACCCUCAACGUAAUGAGGUCGUGCGUGAGAGCGGGCACGGUGAAGCGCGUGAUCCUGACAUCGUCGGCGGCCGCGAUCUCCAGCCGGCCGCUGGAAGGCGAUGGCCAUGUCCUUGACGAAGAAUCCUGGUCCGACGUCGAGUUCCUCAGAUCGACAAAGACCGGUCCUUGGGCGUACCCUGUGUCGAAGGUGCUUCUGGAGAAGGCGGCGUGCGCGUUCGCGGAGGAGAACAGCGUCAGCCUGGUCACCGUGUGCCCCGUGGUCACGGUGGGCGAGGCGCCGGCGGCGGACGUCCUCACCAGCGUCGGCCACGUCCUCUCCCUGCUAUCCGGCGAUGAUGCGAGAGCCGGCAUCCUGGAACACAUUCAUAGUGCGUCGGGCUCGAUCCCGAUGGUCCACAUCGACGACCUCUGCCGCGCCGAGCUGUUCUUGGCCGAGGAGGAGGCCGCGUCGGGGCGCUACAUCGUCUCCACCAUCAACACCACCGUCGUGGGGCUCGCCCGGUUCUUGGCCGCAAAGUACCCGCAAUACAACGUCGAUACAGAUCGGUUCGGAGAUCUCCCCGAUAAGCUGAGAGUCUGCAUUUCGUCGGCGAAGCUCGUCAAGGAAGGGUUUGAGUACAAGUACAAGAACCUGGACGAGAUAUAUGACAACGUCGACGAGUACGGAAGGGCCCUUGGAAUCCUUCCGUACUAGCACGAUCGAUCUUAGAAUAUGGGCUUGCAAGCAAGAUAAGCCUAGUCUAAUAGAGUGCACAAAUGAUGAAAUGUGGGUGCUUAGUUUAUAUGGAAAAGGGAUUUAAUGUAUAAGAAUGUAUGAAAAGUGAUGGAUCCAUGUGCUGACAUCAUGAACGUUUUAGGGGGGUUGUUCCUGUAUAUAUACCGCCUGAAAUACACAUACUUCUUUGCCUUCUUUCUCAUAAUAAGUUGCUCAGUAGAGUCUCUUUAUCAAAAAAAAAGUUGCUCAGUAGUGACAACCUGAUCAAGAGGCAGCAGCUUGAUGAUUUUUCAUGCCUGCACCGUAGUGAGGCAGAAUCUUGCUCUCGUAUAUUCUUUGAUUGUGUUUUAGCAGUAGAGAUUUGGAAGAUUGAUCUUGCUAGUAUUGGCCCACUUCUCACCUACGAAGGUGUAGCUAGGUCGUGGGUUGGUAAUUAGAAGAAUCAGACUAUUAAUCUUGUCCAUGUGCAACCCUCUGGGC